CGCACGCCCGGCGAGUAGCGGCGGCGGUGACGGUGAUAACAGCAGCGGUUGCGGACGUUUGGCUUGGUGCCCCUUCUCUGCAGCACGGCACCCGGCUCCGACCCCGGCCCCCGCUCCCGUCCCGGCCCUUCUGCUCCGGGCCGGCACCGACCCCAGCCCUGCCGCCCGGCCCCAGGCCCGGCCGCGGCCGCUCCCGCCUGGAGCCGCCGCGCGCCCCUAGUCCCCCGGCGCCCCCUCGGCCCCUCGCCUUCCUCUUCCCGGCGCGGCCUCCCGGCUUCCGCGCACCGCCCGCCACCAACCCGCUCGCCACCAUGUCCGUGGAGCUCGAGGAGGCCCUGCCGCUGACGACUGCCGAGGGGGCGGCGAAGAGGGCGGCCAAGGCCGGCGGCUCGGCGGCGCUGUCCCCGUCCAAGAAAAGGAAGAACAGCAAGAAGAAAAACCAGCCGGGCAAGUACAGCCAGCUGGUGGUGGAGACCAUCCGGAGGCUGGGCGAGCGCAACGGCUCCUCGCUGGCCAAGAUCUACGCCGAGGCCAAGAAGGUGGCGUGGUUCGACCAGCAGAACGGGCGCACCUACCUCAAGUACUCCAUCAAGGCGCUGGUGCAGAACGACACGCUCCUGCAGGUGAAGGGCACCGGCGCCAACGGCUCCUUCAAGCUCAACCGGAAGAAGCUGGAGGGCGGCGGGGAGCGGCGCGGGUCGGCCGCGGCCACCACCGCCCCGGCGCCCGCCGCGCACAAGGCCAAGAAGCCGGCGCCGGGCGCUCGGCGCGCGGACAAGAAGCCCGCCAAGAGCCAGAAGGCGGAGAAGCGCUCGCACAAGAAGGGCGCAGCCUCCAAGAAGGACAAGGGCAACAAGGCCAAGAAGGCGGCGGCCGCGGGGGGCAAGAAGGUGAAGAAGGCAGCCAAGCCCAGCGUCCCCAAAGUGCCCAAGGGCCGCAAGUGAGCGCCCCGCCUCGGCUCGCGUGAUCUCUGGUUUUUCUACCCCGAGUGUGUGUAGGUUUCGUACAGUGUCCCCGGCCUGGGCCGCUGCGCCUGCUCCGGGCCGCAGAGAUGGGCCCCGGGUCCCCUCCAGCCCUUCUCCGUCCCUCCCCUCCCCCAGCCCUGUAGCGUUUUUGUUGUUGUUUGCUUUAGAUUUUUGAAAUAGCCCUGUUGACGCCCCUAUUGGCUCUCGCCUGUGGCAACGGCCGUCGCCAUGGUUACCGGCCCCUAGGCGCCAAUGGCCGAGGCCGGGCCUGGCGGGGGCCGUUGGAUGACCGGGACCAGGCGCGGCGGCCGCGCAGCCGGGCCCAGCUCCCCACCCUUCCUGCCUUAGGGAGCGCGACAAACAAUCCCUCGGGGCUCAGGGCCGCGCGGCGCUUCCCUUCGUCCUGUUACUGGCCUUUUUUAGGGCACAAUAAACUCUUUGAACCUUUAA